UAGGUGCCAUUUAUAUAAAACAUGAAUUACUUAUAAGUGUGCAUUCAAUUCCAAAUUUCAGAAAUGCGAGAAACAAGAAUGCAGGCUGUUAGGAAAGCAAAGGGUAAGAGAACAAUUGAGUCACCUGCGAAUGAAUCCGAACAUACUGUAGUGAAAAGACAGAGGAAACAAGGUGCAGACGAAGACAGUGAUGAUGACUUUCAGGUUCAACCCCUUCGGAGUGUUGUUGGCAAUGAGGUGAUUGAAAAUGUGGUCAAGAAAAAUAGUAUGAAAGAGAUAAAAUCUGGCUGUAGGUCACUGCGUACAAGAUCAUUGAUCGGGCUAAACUUGCAAGUGUACAAGUGCCGAUAUAGUAAUAAAUUCCGGUAAAAUACCGGGUCGAGUCCACAAGGAAACGUUGUUUAAUUUAGUCCGAGAGUAGAUAACUUUAAAUGAAGAAAUGAGUAAAGUGCA